AAUCACAGAAUGGACUUCUGGAAUAUGACCAUCAAAAUCAUUUUAUUGUCACAAACUAUGGCUGGAAUUCUGGGAAAUUUCUCUCUUCUUUACUACUAUCAAGUUCACUAUGGAAAAAACAAAUUAAAGCCCACAGAUUUGAUUCACAUGCACCUAAUGGCAGCCAACACUUUGAUCAUUCUCUCUAGAGGAGUGCCAAACAUAAUGGCAGCUUUUGGGUUGAAGCACUUUUUAAGCAAUUCUGCAUGUAGAUUAAUUUUGUACAUUCAAAGAGUUGGCAGGAGCGUGUCCAUUGCCACCACCUGCCUCUUGAGUGUCUUCCAAUUCACCACCAUCAGUCACAAGGAAUGUUGCUGUAAGGAUCUAAAAAUCAAAACUUCAAAGUACAUUGGCUGCUCCAUUGCCCUCCUCUGGGUUUUGUACCUGCUGAUAAAUGGCAUUUUCUUUGUGUAUCCACUUUUUGAAAGGAAUAGUAAAAAUGUAACAAGAAAACGAGAUUUUGGCUACUGUUCCACUGCAGGGAGGGAUGAAAUCAAUGACUUACUCUAUUCAGCACUGGUGGUGUGUCCUGAAAUCUUCCUUUCUUUGCUCAUGGCCUGGUCCAGUGGCUCCAUGAUUGUCAUUCUGUACAGACACAAGCAGAGGGUUCAACACAUCCGUAGUACUUGUGGUUCCAGUAGAAUCUGCUUUGAGUCCAAAGCCACCCAGAGCAUCCUGGCCCUGGUGUCUACCUUUCUGGCUUUUUAUACUCUCUCCUCUAUCUUACAAGGCUGUGUUGCUCUUUUGUAUAAUCACAGUUCAUGGGUGGUGAACAUCAACUCCUUCACUUCUCUGGGUUUUCCCUGUUUUGCACCAUUUGUUCUUAUAAAUAGUUGUUCUAUGGUUCCUAGACUCAGUUUGGUUUGGAUAAGGAAUAAAAUCUCUAAUUCUUAUUUUAAGUAUGUAAAUGAUUUGAGUUUUUUUGGUUGUAUCCAGGUGUUUACUCUACCAUCUCCCUCACAAUGUCAGUACAGAAAACGAAGGAGUUGGUGUCUUGUUCUUUAA